AUGACUAACAACAAUACCCGACCUCGGCGUACAAGUGUACCAAAGUCCAAAAGAAAGAAACAACGAUCGAUAGGUGGUGGUGGAAGAAGAGUAUCACGUACACCCGAUACCCAUAGUAUUGCGUCUUCUUCGUCGUCCACAUGGUCGUCUGACAAAGCAGCAGCAGCAAAGCAACGCAAUGCCGUCAAGAAUGAGCUGAAUGAUAUUAUCGACAAUGACCAGGACGGCUUUUGGACAAGACCCAGCAAUGCAGAGGAACGCCAACGCAUUCGAGAAUUCUGGUUACAGCUACGUGAAGACGAGCGUCGUUCUCUCAUCAAAAUCGAGAAGGAGGCAGUACUCAAGAAAAUGAAGGAGCAACAACGACAUUCCUGCAACUGUUCAGUGUGUGGCAAGAAACGCACCGCUAUUGAAGAUGAACUCGAGGUCCUUUACGAUGCUUAUUAUGAGGAAUUGGAACAAUAUACCAACAACAAUCAAAACAGUUCUGGCAUCAAUCCUUUGACUGGUACACCCGUAUCUGAUAUGGAUGAUGAUGAUGAUGACGAUGACGACGACGAUGAGGAGGAAGAUCCCGAUUAUGAAUCAGAUUAUGAUGAUGACGACGACGACGACGAUAUCGAGAAUGAUCCAUCUGACGACGACGAGGAUGACGACGAAGAUGAAUAUAGCUCAGAUCACCUUGCUUUUGGCAACAGUCUCACGGUCAAAGGUGGGAUUCUUACCGUGGCUGAUGACUUGUUGCAAAACAAUGGCAAGAAAUUUCUCGACAUGAUGGAACGACUUGCAGAAAGGAGGAUCAAAAAAGAAGACCCUUUGGAUUACAGACAAGAAGAUGACGAAGAGGAUGAAGAAGAUGAUGAAUACUUGGAUGAUGAUGACUAUGAAGAUGAAGAAGAGGACGCACGGACAGAGUUGCAACGCAUUGAAGAAGGCCGUCGCACAUUCCAAAUAUUUGCUGCUCGCAUGUUUGAACAACGUGUCCUUGCUGCGUAUCGUGAAAAGGUGGCUCAAGAACGACAGCAACGCUUGAUUCAAGAAUUGGAAGAGGAAGAUCGCCUUCGACAAGAAAAGGAAUUGAAAAAGCAAAAGGAAAAGGAACGAAAAAAGGAUAAGAAAAUGCAACUCAAGAAGCAAAAGGAAGAGGAACGGCGGGCCAAGGAGGCUGCAAAGAAAGCUGAAGAGGAACGAUUACGUGCUGAAAAGCAAAAGAAGCUUGAGGAAGAACGACAACGACGUGAACAAGAACGACGACAAAAGGAAGAGGCUCGAUUACGUCGUGAAGAAGAAAAGCGUCGUCGUUUGCAAGAAGAGCGUGAACGUGCAGCUGAAAAGGAACGUAAACGACAGGAACGUGAGAUGAAGAGAAAACAAGAACGCAAGGAACAAGAGGAUCGUGAUCGUCAAGAACAACAAUUCAAGCAAGAAAAGGAACGACGUGAACGAGAGCUCAAAGAAGAAAUGGAGAGACGCGAUCGAGCCUUGCAGGAACGAAAGCUCAAGUGGGAAAAAGAAGAACAACGUCGCAAGAGUCAACAAACCUUGAUUGAUGCCUUGAUGGGUCCUUCUUCUUCUUCAUCCUUAUCAUCUUCUUUAUCGUCCUCCUCCUCGUCUAUCACCACAGCCUCUGAUACCGCUUCUUCACCAAAAACAAAGACCAAUCGAUCCAUCGCUCCUAUUGGCCCGCCCUCUUCUAAUCAACUUCAUCGUCCUCCUCCAACUGUUGUUUGCAAUGAUCCUUCCAAUGACCAACGUCCUGCAACCGAGAACUCUUUCUUUUCCAAUUUCUUGUUUGGUCCAUCCAAAGAUAAGAAUCAAGACAAGACAACCCAAGAAAGAUCAGACAUUCAAACUUCAAAUGAUACCCCCAAAGCGAAUUGGACCAAUGGUUGGACCGCUUCGACCUUUUUAUCCGAGGACUUUCAUGGAAGGCUCUUUGGCAAUGUACUGCCUGACCGAAAUACGGUGUUACUGGAAAAGGCCAAGGCAGCCUACAACAAGUUGGAUGAAAUUUCUCGCACAGCUACAUUCCUUGGACCUGUACCUCCAUUUUAUACCUUGGCUCAAAUCCAUCGUAUGAUGAUUGACCUUUAUUGCGAUUGUUCUGCUACGAUCCAAGAUUUAUAUCAAGCCAUGGUAAUGAAUCCAUCAAGUCCUUUCCGUUGUACCAGUGAUUUACAACACGGUGUCCUUGUUCAUUACCAAGAGCCGGGACGAUUUGGUUUUCCCAAUCCACUCUCCCCACUCUCCCCAUCAACACCAGCAGUACCAGGCUCCUAUUCACCUUUUCAACCCCCCGCCAUGGGCAAUCCAUUACCUCUUUUCAAAGGCAUGACAUGA